AUGGAGCAGAAAAAUGUUCCAGACGUUAAAAAUGAAAUGAAGAUGGAAGAAGAAAGUUUUCCACCAGAAUUGAUCAAGACAGAGAUUAAGAAGGAGGAAAAUAAUUUUCUUAUUAAAUCAGAAGUGUAUUCAAAUGCAGUUUCUCAGUUGGAUUGUCCCAACCAGGAGUCAGCAAUAGCUUGCCACCAGUGGGUUAAUACCAGUGAAAAUGCUUACAUUCGCUCCGAAUUUUCCUACAAUGCAAACCAAAAAACAGCUUUAGUUUCACAUCAGCAAACUCAUACCGGUGAAAAACCGUAUAAAUGCUCCGAUUGUUCCUACAGUUCAAGCCUAAAAUCGACACUGGUUUGGCAUCAGCGGACUCAUACCGGUGAAAAUCAAAAACCGUAUAAAUGCUCUGAAUGUUCCUACAGUUCAAGCCGAAAAUCAAACCUAAGUAAACAUCAGAGGACUCAUACCGGUGAAAAACCGUAUAAAUGCUCUGAAUGUUCCUACAGUUCAAAUCAAAAAACAAACCUGCUUAACCAUAAGAUGACUCAUACCGGUGAAAAACCACACAAAUGCUCUGAAUGUUCCUACAGUUAAAGCCAAAAAUCAAACCUGCUUAACCAUCAGAGGACUCAUACCGGUGAAAAACCGUAUAAAUGCUCCAAAUGUUACUUCAGUUCAAGCCAAAAAUCAAACCUGCUUAAUCAUCAGAUGACUCAUAACGGUGAAAAACCGUAUAAAUGCUCUGAAUGUUCCUACAGUGCAAGCGUAAAAGGAAACUUAGUUCGCCAUCAGAAGACUCAUACCGGUGAAAAACCGUAUAAAUGCUCUGAAUGUUCCUUUAGUACUGGCUUGAAAUCAACCCUGAUUCAACAUCAGAUGACUCAUACCGGAAAACCGUAUAAAUGCUCUGAAUGUUCCUACAGUUCAAGCCAAAAAUCAAACUUGCUUAACCAUCAGAUGACUCAUACAGGUGAAAAACCAUAUAAAUGCUCUGAAUGUUCCUUUAGUACUGGCUGGAAAUCAACCCUGUUCCAGCUUACCUCCCAGUUCCUUCUCCAGUCACCUACCAGAAUCUCACAAGCCUCGCCCUGCAGCUCCUCUCACCUUCUCACCUGGUGA